CAUUUGUGAUCAAAAUAUGACGUCAUCUUAUCUUCCUCACUCGAUUUAACUCCACCCCAACCAAAGAAAGUUUCCGAGAAAAUCAGCAAAGUGAGACAAUAUAGAGCACGAGAAGGAAGGAAAGAAUGAGCUCAUGGGUUUGCUCUUACGUGACUCGAAACCUGGUAACCGCCGAUCAUCCACAUCCUUUCUCAUCAUCAUCCCAACAAUUUGGUUCUCCGCCACGUAGAGCAUCCGUCAGGUUACCCUUAACACCUACGCCGAAGUUUCGGCUACUUAAACUCCGAAAGUUCCAAUCUUUAUCGUCGACCCACGAAGGAGAAGAAGACUCCGAGUCAGUCGUGCAAACCCUCAAGAUUCCAGACGAGUGGUUGCUCCCUUCCAAGGCCAUCGAGGAAUCUGAAUGGUUGAGAGUAACUCUACACAAGUGGUUGGACGAUGAGUAUUGCCCUGAGCCGACCAAUGUGGAGAUCAGUAAUGUCGCUGCAAAGUCUCUCUACACUUCACUCUUAGAGAAAGAAACUGACAUGGGAGUGAUUUUGCUCAAGAUGGCUCAAGACUUAACCUCAAUUUCAUAUCAAGAAAGCUUCCACGGAGCUUUCACAUCCGCAAACGCAGCUAUAAAUUUGAUUGUAGAGAGAGUAGAAUCAUAGUUUUAGUUUUAAGAAACCAUUAAAGAAGGUUUCAAGAACAGUGUCUUUUGUUUUGUAAAAGAGUUAUGAAUAAUAAUAUUAAACUUGAUCA